GAUAAUCCCCAAAAACAGAGAUCCGGCCGACACCAGGGGCUGGGUCUCGCGGGCUAGAUAGGAGCCCGCCCAGAGGAGGUGUCUGGGCCCUGGCCAGGCUUGGCUCUGCGAGAGAAGCGGGCCGGGCGGGGAGGGGGGACUGACGGGGGACGAGAGGGACUCCGAGUUCUCCAGGAGCUGGGCUGGGUCCGAGGUGCCCCGGACGGACGGCCGGAGGUGGGUCUCUGGGUUCGAGGCCGCUCGCCACCGACGGGCAGUGUGGCGCAGGCAGGUCACGGCCUGCCGGGCCUCAGUUUCCCUCGGGUCUGGACCGAGAGGCGGCUUCGCGGAUCGCGAGGCCUACGGAGCGUUGGGCGGGGAGGGGCGGUAACUGGAGCCGCCCAGGCGGGGUCUCCGGGCUCCCGCGGGCACGUUCGCGGCGGCGUGGGGACGGGAGCCAGCCGGGAUCGCCCCGGGCUCCAGCGGCGCGGAGGUGCCCUGGAAACCGCGCGGUCAAAGGGUGGAGCUGUGUGGCCAGACAGAAGAGGCCCCCACCAGUGAGCUCUGCUGGUCCUCUGGGAGCCAUGAAGCUGAACGAGAGGAGUGUGGCCCACUACGCACUGAGCGACUCCCCAGCAGACCACACGGGCUUCCUGCGCACUUGGGGGGGCACGGGGACUCCACCCACCCCCAGUGGUACUGGCCGAAGGUGCUGGUUUGUCCUCAAGGGCAACCUGCUGUUCUCCUUCGAGAGUCGGGAGGGCCGAGCCCCGCUGAGCCUAGUGGUGCUGGAGGGCUGCACCGUGGAGCUGGCCGAGGCGCCCGUGCCUGAGGAGUUCGCCUUUGCCAUCCGCUUCAACGCCCCUGGCGUGCGCCCACACUUGCUCGCAGCGGAUGGGCCCGCGGCCCAAGAGGCCUGGGUAAAGGCCUUGUCCAGGGCAAGUUUUGGCUACAUGCGUCUGGUGGUGCGCGAGCUGGAGAGCCAACUGCGUGAUGCCCGCCACAGACUGGACCUGCAUCGCCGCUCAUCCUGGAAGGCUGUUCCCAGGCGCUUCGAGCCUCAGGCUCCUGCCCACUGGUCUCCCGGCCUAGAGAAUGGCCACUCCCUCUCCAGAGACUGCAGCCCUUUGGGCUUGGUGGAAGAAGGGGGCAGCAGGCCCACAGGGCGGGGCAUGGCGGAGUGGGAGUUGCAGGGCCCUGCCAACUUCCUCCUAGGCAGGGGGCAGAGCCCUGUGUCCCCUGAGACCUCCUGCUUCUCCACCCUGCAUGAUUGGUAUGGCCAGGAGAUUAUGGAGCUGAGGCGGGUGUGGCUGCAGAGAGCCCAGGGGAGCCAGCCAGAACAUGAGCAACAGGACAGGCCCUGAGCCUUGGCCCUUCAGGUUCAGCCCUUGUCUUGCUGGUCAGGACACCAAGGCCAGUCCUUGUUCAAGAGUUUAAUGUUUACUGGUUUCUGAAGGUUUUUUUUGGGGGGGGGGCCUCGCCUGUGGCAUGUGUAAAUUCCGGGGCCAGGGAUCCAACUUACACAGCAGUGACAAUGCUGGAUCCUUAACCCGCUGAGCCAUCAGGGAACUCCUAAAGUUCCUUUUUGAGGAGAGCUCGCUCCUUCCUGCUCUGUAGGUUUUCUCCAGGUUCCCAAUCCACCCCUAUGCCUGCAGGGGACUAAGGAAUCAUUAUUUUCAAUCCGUUUUAUUCUUGAGGCCCAGCGAGGGGAGGUGGCUUGCUCAGCAGCCAGAGCGAGAUCCAGGUCUCCUGACUCCGCUGGACUGCCCCUGGCUCAGGGGAUACUAAUAGAAUGGAGGAAGUGGGGAAUAUUACAUGGCCCCAGGCUGCUCUGCCUCUCACCUACACAUGAUACUACAGACAGUUUCCAAUAUGAGGAGACUCCUGUACAUUUAAACACCAGAAAUUGGCUGCAGUGUUGGCUUGAGGGACUGACACUGUUGAGAAAGUGGACUGACCGUGUCACAACGGCCUCUGGGGCCUGGCUCAUCCUGAGUGGUGGGAGACUGUGCAGGGGACUCCCCCUCUGCAACUGGGACAGGGCUCUUUGGAGGGAGAGGGCCUUUAGCCAGUAAAGAGGGAUUUAUUCUACUCGGAAAGUACUAGGACUCCCAUCUUUCCCUGGCUGCCUUGUGUACAGAUGGUGCUUUGUCAUUGUCUCAGGAGGGGCCAGUACCUUUUACAUGUCAGCAGAAAUCCUGCUUGUACUCUUUCCUCGGCUGCCAAGUUGGAAGCUAAAGAAGUGGAGAGGCAGUGAGGCUCCCUGGGGAAGCCAGUUUGUUACUUUGGUUUUCUGUUCUGGGCAUACUAGGCACUCAGGCAUGGGAUUCCUGGCACCCUGUGGUAAACUCUUCUCUCCUGGCUGGGCUCCCAAAGAGGUGUUCCUGUUCCUGAAACCCCCUAGGAACUCAUUCACCACCUUGCUUGUCACCCAGUGUGUAUCUGCCAAGACCACCUACUCUCACCAGCAUGGAGCCAAGCGUUUCCUUUAUCAUCCAUUGUUCUGAGAUGCCCGGUGGCUGGGCAGACAGAGCCAGAGGCUAGACCAGCCUGACACCCUGAGGGUACAGUGGCAAUGGCUGGAUGGAAGAUGCAGAACCUGGUCUCGUCAUCCCCUCCCCCAGUAUACACAAUCUCCACCUUCUUAGCCUCUCUCCCUUUGGGGUCCCCCUAGGUGGGGGCCUAACUAGGCCUAGAGGCUUUGGCUCAGAGCCUUUUAGGUCCAGGAGGAUCAGAUGCUGCCCAGGGUCCAGGGCUGGUUCCCAGGAAGCUGUCUUCCCAGUCCUGUAUGGGAGCACCACAGCCCACUGCACCUUGUUUAUACACAGAAUCUACAAGCUUUUGUUAUCUUUCUUACUGUUACAGUGCUUUUUAUAUAAUUAAAACACCAUGUUUUUUUAUUACCCAUUUUGGCUCAAGUUGAUUUUAGCAGUCGCCUGCACAGCCAGUUUGCCUGAAAGCUCCCAUUUCCCCCUUUUUUCAGAUAUAUUUUUCUACUUGGCUAUAUAUUACUUAAACCUAUAACAUGCAAUAAAAUUCCAAAACCAU